AUGUUAAAGUCCAAGCUGGUUCCCGGCCAUCCCCGACCCCCACAGUAUCCCCAACCCACCCGCAUACCCGGUCCGUGUGAUGACUGCAAGUUCCUGAACGGAAUCGGCUACAAUCCCCACGAAUCGGUGUGCUCUUAUUACUACCAGUGUUUUGACAACAACGGCGUGCUUGUCCCCGUUCAGCGACGGUGUCCAUUCGGGUUGUUCUGGGACCAAGGAGACUUGACCUGCAAGAACGCUGCGGCCGUGGACUGUGCUACAGAUCCGUGUAAGCGUAGCCCUCGAUCUUACGGGGCUCCCGAAAACUGCCGUGCGUAUUGGCAGUGCCGCUGGGGCAGAACCGUCAGAGCACAGUGCUGUGCCUACUCCCACAGGUUUGAUCGGACCAGGGGCUGUAUCUAUGACAACAGCUGUACUGUGCCAUGUCCCCCUAACCAGCCUCCACGACCAGAUGUUUGCAACAAACGGCCGUACCCUCAAGAUCAGACUCAGUACUACGAGGACAUAGGUCAAGGUCGAACUAUCCUAAGACGUUGUGCCCCAGGGACCAUCUUCGUGCCUGCUCCCACAUGCCGCUGUGACAGAGGCACCGUUGUUCCCCCGAUGCCAUGGGAAUGCAAACCAGAUCUGUACUUUCCCUUUGACAACGACCUGCUGGACAAAGCGGAUGACAAGACGCCGGCCUUUGCUGACCGUGUCACUAUAGACCGUUCCCCCAGAAACGGAGCCGUAGGGGGUGGGGCAGCCAGGUUUAACGGUAAUGCCAAGUUGCUCAUCUGGAAGUACGCCAACAUGGAGUUCGGCUCCAAAUUCGUGAUACGUUUACGUUACAGGGCUUUACCGUCGUCCAAUGCAUCCUUGGAAGAGGGGAUAAUCACGAACAGCGACUGUAGAUUACCCUGCUCUGUGGCCAUAUCCUACGACAGACAAGACAACACAACGACGGCCAAAAUCAGGACAGAAGGCACGGGCGUCGUGCGAAGUCUACUGGCACAUAGUCCUGGUUGGAAUGCUGUAGAAUACAGAUAUGACGGGAACCGACUCACCUUCUCCCUCAAUGGGAACUCCCAGAGCUUAGCAGCAACUGGUAACAUUGUCAAGGUGCCGGCCGCCUUGCAGAUAGGAACUGGCUGCAUGGGGUUUUCCCCUUUCACAGGUCUUAUUGACGAGCUAUAUGUCUACAAGUGCAUACCUUGA